AUGGCUUCAAACUUAGUUAUUGUUUUUGUUCUGAGCAUUCUUGUUUGCACCACCAACGCCGCCAGCCGGAACCUUGGCGGCUCGGUGAGCGGUUCUGUCAAUGACGAAAAGUGCAUAACUCCGGCAAUUGACGGCGGAAUUGGUGCGGAUGGUGGUGUUGGUGAGGGCGCUGUCGGAGACAGCGUUGGCGUUGGCGUUGGCCUUGGCCUUGGCGUCGGCGUCGGCGUCGACGUCGAUACCCCUCAUAUGGCUUCAAAGUUGGUUCUUGUUUUUGUUCUCAGCAUUAUUCUUGCUUGCACCGCCGCUGCCGCCGCCGGCCGGAACCUUAAGUUCAUAACUCCAGAAAUUGGCGGCGGAAUUGGUGAGGGAAGCGAUGGCUCCGACGUCAGCGGCCGCCGCAUCAGCCUCGGCAGCGGCAGCGGAGGUGGCAUUAGCUUCAGCUUGGGCAUCGGCCCCGGCGGCAGCGGAGCUGGUGGCGCUGGCUUCAGCUUGGACAUUGGCGCUGGCAGUGGCGGCGUAGGCAAUCCAUGA